AUGUUUGGAAUUUCGUGUGCACCGGAAAUUUACCAACGAAUAAUACAGCAAGUCUUACAAGGGAUCACAGGCUGUAAGAAUAUAUCAGACGAUAUAAUUGUCUUCGGCAAAAAAAAAGAAGAACAUGAUAAAGCGCUUCGGGAAGUUUUCAAUAAACUUCGAGAGAGUAAUCUGACCCUGAACAAAGAGAAAUGCGAAUUUUACAAGACAGAGCUGAAAUAUAUGGGACACAUAUUAUCCAAAGAAGGAAUUAAAGUCGACCAAGAGAAAGUCAAAGCGGCUCAGGAAGCAAAACAACCCAGUAAUGUACAUGAAGUCCGCAGUUUUCUUGGACUUGUCAAUUACUGUGCAAGAUUCAUUCCGAAUUUAGCAACAAUAGCUGAGCCAAUCCGUAAGCUGACACGCAAGUCAACAAAAUGGGAGUGGGGAAACACGGAAACAAAAGCUUUCAUCCAACUAAAAGAGUUAUUAACAUCAUCAGAAGUUAUGGCGUACUAUAAACUAAGCGCAGAAACAAGACUAAUUGUAGAUGGAAGUCCUUAUGGGCUCGGAGCAAUAUUAGAACAAAAACAAAAUGACGGAGAAUUUCGUCCAGUGGCUUACGCAAGUCGUACCCUCACUGACACUGAGCGACGGUACUCUCAAACCGAACGAGAAGCACUGUCAAUUGUAUGGGCAUGCCAACGAUUUCAAACAUAUUUGUAUGGAGUAGAUUUUACCAUCUUGACAGAUCACAAACCCCUUACCUACAUAUGUACACCAAAACACAAACCACCUGCUAGAAUAGAACGAUGGAUCAUGAAACUACAACCAUUUAAAUUUACUGUGAUCUAUACUCCAGGAAGCCAAAACGCAGCUGAUGUACUUUCACGCCAGGAAAAUGCAAACAAUAAUACUCCGACUCAAGAACAAACAAGCGCAGAAGACUAUGUCAAUUUCGUAAUCGAACACGCAGUACCAAAAGCAAUGACCAUAGAGGAAAUUGAGCGCGAAUCCGAAAAUGACCCUACGCUGCAACAAGUACGGGAAAACAUAACUUCAGGAAACUGGACCAAAUCGGACAAAAUUUUACCAUUUUACCAUAUCCGAUCAGAGUUAUCAGUUCGAGGACCGAUUGUACUAAAACAGGCUCGAAUGAUCAUCCCACAAUCCCUGCGGAAGAGAACACUAGAAAUCGCACAUGAGUCGCAUCAAGGAGUCGUUAAAACAAAGGCACUUUUACGAGAAAAAGUGUGGUGGCAAAAAAUGGACGAAGAUGUUGAAACCGCUGUAUUGUCAUGUCAUGCAUGUCAAAUGGUAUGUAAAGCAAAUCAACGAGCACCCGUUACGAUGACAGACCUACCCACAGGACCCUGGAAAAAAUUAGGAAUGGAUUUAUGCGGACCAUUCACAACAGGAGAACAAGUAUUAGUAAUAGUCGAUUACUAUACUAGAUAUCCAGAAAUCGAAAUCCUGAAGUCUGUAACUUCAGAAGCUAUUAUUAGACGACUAGUGAGAAUUUUUGCAACCUAUGGAUUACCAGAAGAAAUAGUCACAGACAACGGCAGACAAUUCAUAUCGGAUGAAUUUGAAAAUUUCUUAGCGCGGAACGGAAUUAAACAUCACAGAACUUUACCGUACUGGCCUCAAGCUAAUGGGGAGGUUGAAAGAUUCAAUGCAACACUAAAGAAAUCUGCACAAAUUGCAAAAGUAGAGCGCAAGGAUUGGAGAUUUGAAAUAUAUAAAUUUCUCCUAAAUUAUCGGAAUACACCGCACAGCACAACAGGAGAAUCACCUGCAAAAUUAAUGUUCGGCAGAGAAUUGAGAACAAGAAUUCCACAAUUGCCACAAAAUCAAAGGAACAGAAUUCUUAACCGUCGGGACAGAAGAAAUAAAAUUCGAAUUAAAACAUAUGCAGACCGAUUGCUCAACGCAAAAUCUGUCAAAUUGCUUGCGGGGGAGAGAGUGCUGAUAAAGAACAAUAUGCCAAAAUCCAAGUUAGACACAAAAUGGAAUGGACCGUUCACAGUUAUAUCUCACGAGGGCAAUGCUGUGAAGAUUGACAUUAAUGGUAGAGCUACUUAUCGAAACAUCAACCACGUGCGACCCUUUAACGGCACGCGACAAUGA